UCAUGAGACCACCGCACGCUAUCUUGAGCCAGUUAAAUUCGCAUGCCUUUUCUCCUAGAGACGUUAUCCUUCCAAGUAAUCCUGGUCUCGUGAAUGCUUCUUCCAUUAUCGUUUCCUGACUUGAUUUCUUGAGUAUUUCUUAUUUCCUAGACUUGAUGUACGCCCCGUCCUGCUCGUCCACAUAACUCAGCAUCAUAAUAACUUUUAGUGAAUAUCUCGUGGUUCUCCGAAAAUGUGUUAUAGGGGCGUCAACUUACGAUGCUGCCAACGUGCUUGGACAAUGAACUCGUAUAGACAAUUUUCAGAGCUCCGCAAGAUAAACGCUUGCUCCUAGAGAAAUUUUGGAAACUGUCUUCGCUUCUUCACCUUGAUCCUGAGAUCACGUCAAUGUCCAACAAUACAGCGUAAGAAGUGCGUGACACGCAGCUGUAGCAAUGAACACCUACCCCGAGCAGAAUGGUACAGUGGGUGCUGAAGACAAGGACGGAAACUAUGGAUUGGUGCCCGUGUGUGCCGGCUGGAAGGACCCGCAGCACAUCCUUUUCCAACUUGCUAACGCCUGCUUCGUCAUUUCGUACGCUUCCCCGAGCAGUGUCUAUGGAGUACUCUUCAUGCACUCAGCCCUAAUCUUCGGUUUCAUGCUGUUUUCAUUCUGGGCAUGGAAUAUCAUCUGUGCCCCCGACAUAUUCUCUUGGAACUUCAGUUUUAUGUUACUCAACAUGGGGCAACUUGUGUACAUCAUAUACCAGCGCAGACCCGUCAAGUUCGACCCGGAGCUCGAGGAAGCUUACCAGACACUCUUUCAUCCCUUCAAGGUGUCCCGCCUGCAGUUCAAGAAGAUGGUGAGUUCAGACUUCGCUCAGAUCAUGUCUCUUCACGCGGGUGAAGCAUACGCUAUGCAGAACCUCACCAGAACCGACCGCUUGGGGCUCUUACUCUCGGGAAAGAUAAACGUGAUGUCUGACCACCAAUUUCUUCAUCCCAUCAUGCCCUGCGAGUUCCUGGAUUCUCCCGAGUUUGAGUCAAGUCGCGCUACAACGGAUGAUAAGUUCAAGGUUUCUAUAAUAGCGGCUACCUCCUGCCGCUAUUUGUACUGGCAGAGAUCGUCACUUGAAUACCUGUUUGUGAAGGAGACCUAUCUGGCAACAGUGCUGACAACCCUCAUCGCCAGAGAUAUCACCACCAAGCUGUACGCUAUGAACAAGAAGAUUGUGACAGACAAGGGCUCGCACCUGGACAUUAGACUCCCGAGCAUUACAUCAUCUCUGACGGCAGCUGGAGAAUUCAAGAGCCCUCCCAGAAGCCUGAGGCAAAACACGUUGCUGCCUGGCGUGUGUCCUGUGUCUCCAGACUCCGUUUUCAGCAGCCGAGAACGACUAUGCCCCAAAGAGAAUGGAAUACUUCUCCCCAAUGGGAGGCUCCUGGAAAUGGAACCGCUAACAGAACUCCCAUCGAACGAUGACCUUGCUUCAAAUAAUGGGGUCGAGAGUUGGCUGGAAACCAGCUCCAAGUACCACAGCUGUGAAAUAGUGGAUACCUGAAGUCUGACUGUUAUGGCAGCCCAGCGAUUAACUCGCGCUUAUCACAAAGGGUUCUGUGACUUAUUUCAAUAAAUCCAUAUAAUAUAGACUUACAUAAAUCUGUGUUCUUCAUUCAAGUAAGCAUGUAUACCAGAUCAGACAAAACUAAUUAAAGAUAUUAGCUUGA